ACUCAAUCAAAACCAACCUCCUCUCGACUCACACCGCCACCGGUACAAAACCCAUAAAGCUGCUGCCACCACCACGACAACCACCACUACCAAAUCUCCGCCGCGAACACCAACCGUCGUUCUUUUACGAAAUCCCAAAACUCUCACAAUUUUUAGAAUAAAAACCCACCACCAAUUUUCCUCUACGCAUCCUAAGCCCAAAUUUCGCCAGAACCGUCGCUCGCCUCCGCAAUCCCAACCAUGUAACAUAAAAUUAAAUUUGCUAGCAGAGAUCCGCUCCACCUCUAUUAACAUUCAUGGCCGCCCCGUCGCCAGCUCUAAGCACUGCCAGCUCCGAUGUGGGUAGCGCUGCCACCACCACACUGCCUUCACACCGUACGGACACGCCUUCGAAGACCCUCCGCGGUCUCAAUAAGCCCAAGUGUAUUCAGUGUGGCAACGUCGCUCGCUCUAGGUGUCCCUACCAGUCAUGCAAAAGUUGCUGUUCAAAAGCUCAAAAUCCAUGCCAUAUUCAUGUUUUGAAAGCAAAUGCAACUUUUCCAGACAAGACAACAACUUCAAGCACUCCUCUGUUUGAUCAGCAGUCAACUGAAGUAUCUCCUGCAGCGAGUUCACUUAGGGUUGCAUCGCUUCGACAACUCUCUAACAACUUUUCUCAAUUCAACAAUUUGCAUGCAUCACGUUCAAGGAAGCCAUUGACCAGAAAGGAAGCUGCAUCUAUAAAUGAAUGGAGAUUCUCCAAGUUAAAAGAAUACAGGGAUAGAAACAUUGAAGUAGAAAAUGUAGCUUUUGAUCGGUAUAUGCAAAAUAUUACGUUACUGGAGGAGGUGUUUUCUGUGAACUCAAAAGUAUCCACCGAGGAUGGCUCUCAAUCUUCAAAUUUGGACAAUACUUCUGCAGAAGAUCACACAGAUAAGGCUACUGCUGGUAAGAAGCUGAAGCUUAUGUUGAAUCCAACAAGAAAUGAGAACUUUAGGAAGAGGGUACAACAAAUAAUCGAUGGAGGGUUAAAAAGGUUUCAGAAACGUGAGUUUAAUGACAACGAUAAUGACCAAAACAGCGAGAAUGAGCUCAACAAACAGCAAGAGGAAACAAAAAAGUCAUGGGCCGAGAGGACUUCAGCUGUAAGUGAUCUUACUGACAAAUUGAACAAAGCCCGAAACGAAGAGGAUCUAGCAUCUUGCCUGGAAAUGAAAACGCAGCUCUACAAUCACAAGAGCCAAACAGAAACCAUGGUCAUGGAGGUAUCUCAUGAAGGGGCUGCCAAGAAUGACUUCUCGCCUAUAAAAGAAUUGGAUUAUCUUUCUCAAAAAUUGUUUAGAACGGUGGAAAUUGACCAGGAAGAUCUCAACAGAAUUGGUGAAAAUUUCUCCUCCCUACAAAAGUUAGCAAAUUUAUGAUUUGUUGUGGCUAGAUAUCCAAUGAGGAAUGGAGUUUAGAUUAGUUUUAACUAGAAAAGAUUGAAGGUGUAGCUUAAUACUGUAAUACAGCCUCAUUAGCUUCAUUCUGAGAUGUACAUCCAAACCACUUUGCAAAUUUGUUGCACAUAAUGUGACAAUUUGUCCCAAGUUUCUUCUUCCUUCAA